AUGGCCUUGCCGAUGAAGAACGCGAUGAAGGUCAUGAAGUCCAGUGCUAUGAAGGCCAAGACUAGCAUGAAGGCUAAGGCAAUGAAGGUCAUGAAGAAGAAGGCCGUGUCAAAGAUCGCCAUGGGCAAGCGCGCGAAGUCCGUCGUCUUCCGUGGCAGCAAAGAGAAGACCUCGGGUGGCCUCGCGAAGUCUCAGUUGAUGAAGAACAAGCGAGGCAAGGUUGUCAGCAAGAAGAUGCACGCGAAGGGGAAGACGAUCCAGAAGUUCGUGCAGCGUUGGCUCGACUCCGUGAUGACGGCCCGGAAGGAGCUGGGAAUCAAAGGCUUCUGUGCAGUGGGUGGCAAGAGUGCCCAGGGCAAAGCCCUGUAUGCCAAGGCGAAGGCGCUUUAUGCAGCCUGA